GAGAGGACUCCUCCUCGGCGCACUUUCCACCCGCCUCCUGCAGGUGGCGCCAUAGCAACGCCCGGCUGCGGCUGCUUACCAACCUUCCGCGGCCGCCACCUUGAUUGGGCCAGAACGCCUCGCUUACGCGGUCCCGGGGGAAAAAAAUAACCCACAACGCAGCGCCGGCUUGGUUCACACCCCCCGCACCCCCCGCUCAGGAUUGGCCAGCCGGCGAGUCAAACAGCCAAGAGGAGGGCCCUGGCCGAGGGGGCGGGGUACGAGGCCGAGGCAGAUGGAGAGGCGGGUGUCAGGGUUCAGGUGACACAAGCGGCGGCCGCCGGGCACGUAACUUGCGCAUUGUUCCGGGCGUAAGUGAGGUUGGUGCAUUGUGCGUUCCGCAGAAGAGCGCGGCGGCGGCGGCGCUGCUGCUGAGGGGAGAAGAAAACCGCCGCCGUCGCCAUGGAAGGGAAGCCGGGCGAGCAGCCGCUGUGCGACAGCCUCAUUCUCUGGGCAAGUGAGGGGAGGCCGGGCUCGGAGAGGGGGAGGGCGGGUCGUCGGUUGGGGGUCGGUCGCUUCGCCUGUCACCAUCCCACCCCGCCUCGCCCUCCGCCUGCCCCUUCCUCUCACCUGCCGCCCCGUCGUCUCAGGUGAUGGCGGCGCUUCUCUGGGGCCGAAGGGAGCUCGAGUCCAGGCGGGAGUUCCGGCUGCGAAGCCAUUCGCGGCUGCUGCUUCACACCACCCUGAAGAAGCAGCCAGAAGACUUUUGCUCCGCGGGGCUCGGAGCCUGACGCCUCACCCGCUGCAACCUGUGGAGCCCUCCUCCUCUGCUCGCUUUCCUUAUGCCCCAUUUCUGUAAUGCAGGCGCCCUUACGUAACAGCGCACCGAUUCUUUUAGCAACCUUUUAGCACGUGCCAUGUUGGUACAAGCGUUGUACGCGGUAUGUACAGUUGAGUGUAUGUAGGUGUGCACGGUCCCUUAUCCAUAGAGCAGCUAAGGAUGGGGUCCUUUCCCCACUGUGGGCCGGCCCACGCAGUAGGCAAGGUCUCAGGUGGCAGGAUCCACAGGGACAGCGGAUCCCGAUGGCGAGCUUUCUCCCGCCCUUGUUCCUGAUGUAGGUCUUCCUAGGAGUAGGGUGCCAUUUCAGGACCCGCCGCAGGUGCCAAAAUGUCUUGGGCUGGUCCUGCCAUAAUCUACCACCGUCAGUCAGUAUGUUCAGUUCAGUCAUAUAAACGAAUCUGAUGUGUGGCCCAAAUUACACCUUAUUUACCCAAACGUAUGCUUCAUUCAGUGCAGUUUUCCUCCCCAAUUCUUCCGCCAUGCACCUUAUCUCUGUGCAUGUUUUUUCAAUGUGUUUAUCAUUGAGUUCAAGUAAAUAUGCCAGGAGCAGUUUAUAUAAUAGUGCAUGUUGCUAAGGAGCCAGCUUACAGGAGGGUUUUUGCUUCUAUCUAAUAUAUGAUGAGGAAGUUGGCAGUCCUGCUUCAUCAAAACCAAAGGUCAUUUCAAGAAUCCCUUAUGCCAUGCAUCAUGAAGACCGAGGAGUGCUUGGUGAUCAAAGGUUGAUAGUGACAAUGUAUUCUUAUAUGGGUUAAACUGAACUUCGCUGUAGCCUAGAGUUCUAACUUUAUUAAAUUGCCACUGGAAAAGCAAUCAAUUGGAAAAAUUGCAUUGAAUCUUAUAAGCUGCCAUAACAAACAAAGAUAUUUUAAAGGUAAUAGUAUAUUUAUCUAGGUCAUGGAGCAAGAGACAAAUCUAGUCUGGAAACCUUAGCAGUUUCUUGUGUUAAAACACACAUUUUGGAGUUUUAUUACUAAAAAUCGUAAGUGGGGAUGAGAGUAAAAGAAGUAGUCCCCAUGCUCUCCACUUUUUUUCAUAUAGGUGGCUUUUGGAUAGAUUGAUGGGAAUAUAAAGUAAUGGACAAAACAUGAAGCUACUACUCUUGUUAGUAUAUUAUCAUUCAUUUCAACCAGAACCAAUAUACUGUCAGAUAUAAAAAAGUGUGCCCAUUACUUGCAGUGCCACUGAUUAAAUGUGCACAAGUUCAUUGCCUACAAGGAACUGUGUUGUAGAGGGUGAGAUAAAAAAAUGGAGUGAGGGGCCGUGAUGAUCAUCCAUUUCCAACCAAUAACAGUGCAUGGAGGUGGGUAUAUAGCCCCCUCCCUCCACUGUUUUAGGGGUCUAGGUCAGAGGAGGGUUUUCAAAAAAACAAAAAUCUGAAGGCCACAUUUUCUCAUGGAUCUGCAUAGCAGCUAGCAGCUUUUCAAAGGCUUUGGAUUUGACUCUUACUUUUCUACAGUAGGUUAUAGUCCAGGAUUACAAAAGUCAGGGUUUACACACCCACCACAUCUCCCUAACUUACGUACAGGGAAGAAGAAGGCAGCAUCACACUUAAGGGAUACUUUCAGUCAGGGCUGGUGAGGAGUGUGGCCUGGGGAAAGUCCUGGAGAUUUAAGGUUCCCCAUCCCUUCCCUUGACUAAAGGGAAGAAAGCCAUUAGGACUCUAGUAUCAGCCUGAUGGCUACAUGGCAGCACAACUGUAGCUCUUGAUCUUCCCCUCUCCAUCCCUUAAACACCAAUUUAUGUUUGUAAGCCUGGAAUACUCCCCAGGCAUACAGAAACCGCCCUUCUUUCUGGAAGAUCCCAUUUCACUACUGGUGCAGUGUCACUUUGCUUCCAUAAUAUCAAAGGGAAUGGUCAUCCUUUGCUGCUUUGUGUUGGCUGUUCAACAAUUUUCUUCCCCACUGUAUUAGUUUCUGAAGCUUAACAUUAUUUACAGCCAUAUGUUGCUCCAGUCUGUGCAGCUUUAAUUCUCCGUAAUGAUUUACUCUUGAUGAAGAAAGAAAGAGAUUUUUAUUUGAAGGAAUUCUUAUUAGAUAACUGAAACCUAAAGCUGUGUGAUUAGCAGAAAGAGUUCAAGUGCCUGCCCGUAUUAAUUGCUACAGUCGUGGUAUAUACUCUUUGAGGCAUCUUUUCUGUACCUACCAUACUGAGAGUUACCACUCUGAUCAGGGAAAAAACUCUCUGUUUCAGCUUAGCUUCCUUGUGAAACUUAAACCAGACACCUGAACUUCCAUUUUCCUCUUGAUUUCUCAGGGUCAGGUUCGCACCCCAUCUUUUUGCAGCUGCACAGAUUUAGCCACAUUUUCUUCUAGGUAUAAAUUACCGUAUUUUUUGCUCUAUAAGACCCCCUUUUUCCCUCCUAAAAAGUAAGGGGAAAUGUGUAUGUGUCUUAUGGAGCGAAUGCAGGCUGCACAGCUAUCCCAGAAGCCAGAACAGCAAGAGGGAUUGCUGCUUUCACUGCACAGUGAUCCCUCUUGCUGUUCUGGCUUCUGAGAUUCAGAAUAUUUUUUUUCUUGUUUUCCUCUUCCAAAAACUAGGUGCGUCUUGUGGUCUGGUGCAUCUUAUAGAGCAAAAAAUAUGGUAAACCAUUAGACUACUGAAAUGUGCUGUAUAUGGUGCUACCCUUCUACCUGGUUCAGAAGCUGCAGCUGGCGCAAAACCCACCUGCUAGGGUGUUUAAUGGGCAACCCUAAUUUUUGGCAUAUUACACUGGUGUCAGAAUAUCUGCACUGGCUUACUUUUAAGCUACAAGGGAGUUCAAAAUUUGGUUGCUGACAUUUAAAGUCCUAAACAACUUGGGACCAGGAUAUCUAGCAGACCACCUCCUCGAGUCCAGGUGAACUUUAAGAUCAUCUGAGGAAACUUUACUGAUCAUACCACAACCAGCAUAUUGUCAUUUUAGUUGAAUUAAGGAAGUAUUUCCCAAUAUUGCAUAUUUCUCCCAAAUUGCAUUGUGUAUGAUACAGUACAAAGGAUCUCCUUUAAUAAACAGGAGGGGAGAGACUUAGAAUAGAACUGCAGUUUAAAUUAUUUAUGGAAAAAUAACUAGCCUUCAUAUAUUUUUGUUUGCUUAUCUAUAUCAAUUGCACAGCUGUCCUAAGGAAUACAAUAUUUAAAAUUUAAUAAUAUGGUUGCAUGCCAUCCCAAUCUCCGAGCGGUACAAGAUUCCAGGGUUUCCAGGCAUUUGCCCAGAGCCCUGUUUAAUUGGAAUAAGUGACAGCAGAGAUUCUGGUGUCUUUAGGAUACAGUAUAUGGUUUAUUUACACAUAUUUACAACCUGAGCCUAAUCCUUACAAAAAACUGGCAACAGUGUUUCUUUCCUAUGUAUUUCCCUCCUCUUUCCUUAUUUUUAACAAAAUAUUAUUACUACGUAAGCUUUAGUUAUUUUAAAAACACCAAUAUACUGAUAAUUCCUAUUGAAACAAAGUAUUUUGAAAUAUUCUUGUGCUGAUUUGAAUCAUGGUGUAUAAUUCCAGGCUCUUUUAUUGUGCAUAUUGUAUUGUUGAUCAGUACCUCCCAUCAUUUAUACUGCAUUAUUAAGAAAUACUACUGAACUAUAUACCACAAAUCAAAUACUGCAUUCGUCACAAAAACAGAAUAGCUUGUUUUUAUGUUCUUUCAGAGUUCCUGGAAUAGCAAAACCAUGAACAAGUUUUCUGUAAGAUAUGUUCAUGUGGUUGACACCUAGUGGAUAAAAGAUGGAAGUGCUUCUUUAGAAAAGUUUGAGUUGAGCAUGCUCUAGGCCUGUGCUUUUAGGAGUGGUUCCAAGAUGGAUCCCAGACCCAGAAACCAUGACAUGAAGCCAGCUGUUGUUUCGUCUUAUUGGUGUAGCCUACAUACGUUGUAUUUUCCUUGCAUAUAUAUUUCUGGGUACAGUUGGAAGUUGUUUUACCAAGUGAAACUUGUAGCCAAUGAAUAUCAUAAGGAAUAAAGUUGUGAUCAUUGUUGACUGUCCAGCUUUAAGAACCUAGCUGCUGCAUUUUUGUACAAAUUUUGUUGAAAAGUCAGUAUUUAAAGAUAGAUCCUUACAGUGCACUAAUCUAGUCGAAAAGUUCAAGAUUAUUGAAUCAGUCUUCAGAAGCAAAAAGAAAAAGUAUGGCUGUCAAAGACUUGAUUCAUGCUUCACUUAAUGCCGUAUAAAGCAUAGUUGUGGUAUACAGGAACACCCUUCUUAAAUUACAUAACCUUAAUAAAUAUGUUCAGGAAUGCAACCUAGGACUGUCUUCUGCAACUUGUUCAUAACACAACUCUCACACUGAAGCCCUUACUUUCAAGUUAGCAAUAGUUCUCUAGAUGGUAUCCAACAAAAUCAUACUAAACUUUUUUUAUAUAUUUUUGUAAAUUACUUAGAAGGUGGUGUGGGUUUGUUUUUACAAUCAGGUGGUGUAUAAAUUUUGUUAAAUCCAUACUUUGAAUAGACCCAUUGAAAUCAGUUAAAUUACUCAUAUUUAUUUCAGUUUAUUUAUUUAUUAAGUAUGACUUAGUUGGUUUGAACCCUUUAUGUACAAAUGUAUUUGUUUUAAUGAUUCCCUUUGCCUAAGAAAAAAUCCUGCUCUCUUAAUAAUAAUAGACCUUUAUAUGAAUUUGAGAUUGUUCAUUUUGCUUCGCUUAAGUUAUCUAAGUAGCCUUCCAACAGCUGUGCAAGAUAGGUCAGCAUUAACCUUUCUUGCAAACAGGGAAGUGAUUUGUAACUCCCUGUAUCACAUAGAGAUACCUUUUUGGGGUGUCUAACCUAAGCAGCAGUCUGGUUGUAGAUUUCUGAAAAUAAAAGGAAGAAUUUGCUGGCAAACAUUCCAUCAGUACAGGCACUUCAGCUUUCCAGACACAACAAUCCCCCCUUUUUCCUCCUGCAUGCUCUUCUGGGGGUUCUCCUGAUCCCUCCAUGCCAAUUUCAGGGGCGUGGGGAAGACACGGAGGGGGAGUCUGUUGUGCUGUUUGAAGUCCUUGCACAGGCAUCAGGUCACAUCCACACCAUACAUUUGAAGCUCAUUCCCCACCUACAAAGAAUUCUGGGAACUAUGGUUUAUUAAGCUAUGUGAAGGGAAAACUACAGUUUCCUGGAUUCUUUGGGAGAAACUGUUUUAAAUGUAUUGUGCGGCUGUUUCACUGGGCUUACUCUUAGUGUGUGAUUUGCACAUGAGGGGUUUGCUGUGAGUACCAUUCAUCUGGAUAUCAGUAUAUAGUGAAUCUUGCUUAGGUUGAAUAAAAAGUGUUUCCAGGCAAACUGCUUGCUAUACUCAGCAUUCAGACUGCCUUGUGACACAGGCAGGUGAUUGGGCUACUAUCUUAUUUAUACACAUACUUAAUGUGAUAGGAUUAUUUUGGAUUAUUGUACUGUGCUCUAUGUAGGCCUGCCCUUAAAGACAGCCCAGAAACUUCAGUUAGUGCAGAAUGUGGCCUUCCAUAUGAUGACCAGGGCAGCCAGCAGGGAUCACAUUACACAGAUCCUAAAAUAUUUUUUGUGAUUGCUUAUUUAUUUCUGGGCUGAAUUUAAGGUGCUGGUGUUGACUUAUAAAUUCCUAAAUGAUUUGGGGGCCAGGUAUCUGAAGGAGUGCCUCUCUCUCUGUCAGCCUGCCUGGUUCCUUCUCAUUGUUCCACAACCGGGGGUGAUACAUCAGAUGGUAACGAGGACUAGGAUCUUCUCCACAGUGGAACUGCAAUUAAGGAAUGCCCUCCUUUGGAUGUAUGGCAGGUGCUAACACCCUUGCUUUUGGGUGCCUGACUGAGAUAUGUGUUUUGUCCAGGCAUUUGUUAGAUAUUUUAAUUGGUCAUUUGAACUGGUUUUUUUUAACCUGCUAUUUAUAAUAAAUGUGGGUGUAUUAUUGGUGUUUUAACAUUUUGUAACCUUACCUGAGAACUGGAAUAUGGGUGGGCCAAAAAUGUUCUGAAAUGUAUGCAUUUUCUUUUGUUUCAAAUUAGAUAGAAAUAGUUAUAUAUAUUCUUUCUUCCCUCUAGUUACAAACAUUUAAUACUGCUGAAUCCUGUAAAGAUGUUCAGGACUUAACUAAUGGUGUUGCCAUGGCACAAGUACUUCAUGAAAUGUAAGUUACUUUAAAGUAUGUGUGUUGAAUUAUUUUGGUUUUCUUGUAUAUAUGUUUGUUUUUCUCUUUCUUUUACACAGCAGUGUUUCAUUGCAGAUCCCAUUUGCAAAAUAUAUUAGCAAAAUAAAUCACAUUCUUUUGUAACUGAUCAUCUGAGCUUUCUUCAUAAUCACUUUACCCUUCUUCCUUUAUAAGGUACCCGACUUGUGUUAUCUUGCAAUUCAAAUUUUCAAAUACGAUGGGAGGCAAAAGAUGUGUGUUUGUGUGUUAAACUUACCGGUAAAUGGGAACAGUAAUUGUGCAAACUUUUAUAUGUGAAACUCUACUUUGCCUUACCAGCAGUCUUUUCCUACAUACUUUUAUAAUAAAAAUAGGACUGGAAUUCAGUCGUGAACUACAAACACUUUUGUGAUAUUUAAUAAAAAUGGAUUAAUUUUAUUUUAGUGAUGCUGCUUGGUUUGACAAAGUUUGGCUAAGCCGUAUUAAAGAAGAUGUUGGUGACAACUGGAGAAUAAAGGUAAAUGAAAAUGUCAAUGUGUGUGUACAAAAGAUAACAUUUCAAAGUUAAAACUACCGUAUUUUUCGUCCCAUAGGACGCUCCGUCCUAUAGGACGCACCUAGUUUUUUGGGGGGGAAAUAAAGGAAAAAUUUCCCCCUUUAUUCCCACCCAAAACCAGGUCGAGGAACAGCGGUAUGGCAGCGCUCCGCCUCCCCGCUGUCCCCCGAGCUUGUGGGGCUGGCGCUGGGGAGAAGCGCGCUGGCCGAUGUCUGCCCGGUGCGAAGGGCGCUCUGCAACAGGGCGCCCUGUGCGCCGGGCGGCAGGCUGCUAGCAUUGUAAAUUCAUUUGGGGGGGGUGGGGAGAAAUGUAACUUUUCAGUAUUCUUUCCCCACCCGCAUAUUGCAGAUGGAGGAGAGGAGGGGAGAGAGAUUUGAGACAGGAGACUCAUAGUAAUACUGCAGUGUAAUUUAACCCGCUGUUAAUGUUGUCAUACUGCAGAUGUGAGCAGGGUUACAGCUUACAGUCAUAUGAUCUGAACAUUUGAGACUGUGCCUGAGGUGUGUAGUAACUUGCCACAACUGCCUUAAAUAAAAUAUUUAAGAACUGUCACUUAGCAAUCCUACAGCCAGCAUUUAGCAGUCUGAGAGGUUGCUGGAAGGAGCGUUAGUAUUGAUCCACUAUAGAGGAGGCAUGUUGGUGACCAGGAAACUCGUUGAAAACAGAGAGCUUGGUAAUCCCACUUUAGACUUCUACUUCUGCAUUGGAAAAGUUGCAUGGCAUUGUUGUCCCCAUCUCUCAGAUACCCACAGCUUACACUGAUCUCUUACAGGAACCCAAGUGUUCUUCAAAGGACUUGUAAUUAAUUUUUAUUUUUUUAUUUUUAUUUUUUGCUUUCACCUGAGGCUGUUCUGGUUUUAUGGUAAUAAUAGUAAUAUUAAGUAGUACACUGCAGUGUCCACCUGAGCCAAUCAUCUUCAUAUAUGUAAAAAUUUGUUCAGUAAAGGCUGUCAUUGAUACAUUUAAUGCCAAAUGUGAAAUACAGGAAAAUCUUUGGAAAGUGAAUUCACAGUCAUAACUAAUGUUUUCUUUUAAACCUACUUAGGCCAGCAAUUUGAAGAAGGUUCUUCAAGGAAUUACAGAUUAUUAUCAUGAGGUAUAGAAAAAACAGCAGCUGUUAAAGUAAUACUUGGUUCACUAUAGUCUAAAUCUCAAUUUGUUUGGUAGUGUUUUUGUUAAAUCUUAUCACGGGCAUUGCUUCAUAUGUAAAAUAGAUACAGUACAUGCAAAAAUGAUCUGGGUGGGGUUUUCUGCAUUUUUCUAACUUGAACACACCCUGCACUCUGUCACCUGAAAAUGGAAUCACUUUCUAAAAGUGCUUAUUCAUGCAUUAUUUUGCAGGAUGUUGCAACAUUUAGAAGCUAGUACAGAUAUAUAAAAAUAUUUAGUGAAAUGAGCAAGAUCCUAAGCCAAGAUUUACAGGCUAAGUCAAUGCUGCUUUGCCUCCCUUCUUUAGCAGCCCCUUGUUCCAAAUCUCUGCUACCACCACUCCUCUUCCUACACUCACUGCAGAGUUUGCAGCAUCAAGCCUGACUUGGUGGUACUGGUUCAGGGACAUGCUAGUUGCUGAAAACUCUUGAGGGCAGGCCGCACAAUUGUUUUCUCACUUCCUACUCACCCUUAAUCAUCAAGUAAUGACAGACACGGAUCAUCAGCCAGAUUUUUUUCAAGUGUGUGUGUGGGUUUUCCCUCUAGUUUUUUCCUGACUGGACUUGUUCUAAUGUACUUAUAUACUUUAAUAAAUUCCAGCAGACCCUGUAAAAUGUGCUUGGUGCAUGCAUGAUCAAAAAGAAAGUGUCCUUUACCACAAAAAAAGCUAGAGGGUUUUAACUUCUGCCUGCCUUCCAAAUAAUCUGACAAAUUCUGCCUUCAUGGACUAAUUUCCUCCUCAUGUCAUUAUGAAAUUAUAAUGACAGAUUUCCUUUGCAGUUUUUAGGUCAGCAGAUUUCAGAAGAUCUCCUUCCUGAUUUAAGCCAGAUAUCUGAACAUUCUGAUCCAGUAGAGCUGGGCAGGUUACUGCAGCUUAUUUUAGGCUGUGCAGUCAACUGUGAAAAGAAACAAGGUAAAUGCUUUUUCUGUGAAUCAGCCACCUUCUGCUGAGUUUUAAGGAUCAUACUAGCUUGCAUGGAGAAGCUGUGAAAUAGCUCGCGGAGAUGAAACUGAAAGGGCACACAGCCUCUAUACUGUAUGAUUUGUGAAGUGAAGUGAAACUUGGGUUGGUUGGGAUACCCCCCUUUUAAACCAUCUCAUCAGUGCAAGGAUUUAUGCUUGGGCUAUGGAACUUUCCCCCCUCUUACCUGCAGUGCAUGCCCAACACCCUCCCAUAGCUAAAAAAAUAUUUUUUUAAAGCUUAAACUCUGCAUGUGAGUUCUCAACAUGUUUUAAAACUUUUGGUUAACAGAAUGGAUGCUAUUUUAAUAAAUAAUAAUUUUAAAAAUAAAAUCAGAUGUGAGACUCAGAAUUCCAGUGUGCUUUAAUUUUUGUUUUCAGUCUUCUGACCAACCUAAAACUGCAAUCCAAAAUGCUUUUUCUUGGAGUUAAAUUCUUGACGAACAUCUAAGAAAAUGUGUUUAGAACCAAGGGUGUAAAUUACCUUGACAGCUUGUUAAUCUGUACCCUCAAAUAGAAUGACAGAGAAUUCUGAUGAUGGAGUAACUCUGAAUGUCAUAUAACUGAACCCAUCCCACAGCCACAUGUUUGGUGAUGAGUAUUUCUGCAUUUUAGAGGGAAUUAACUACAGCUAUAGUUAAAGGAAUUGCAGUCUGGCUAAAAUGUUAAUAAUGAUACUUUAACCUGCUACAGUAUUUUCCAUAAUGAGUACUACAGAAAUGUUAAUACUUGGUUAGAAGUAAGGUUUUGGGGCGGGUUGGAGGGGUAGAGCAAAUAUGAAAGGGGUAAUUUCUGUCUCCAGGUUUUUUAGGAUAUUUCUUCUUACAGAAAACAAACUUUUGCUAAUUUUAUCUUGUAGAGCAUAUACAAGUUAUAAUGACACUAGAGGAGUCUGUCCAACACGUUGUUAUGGCUGCUAUUCAAGAGGUAAGAAGUAGUUAUACUACACACCAAAAAUGAAAUCAUUCUCUUUUCUUAAAAAAAACAACAAAGGGUAGGGGAUCUCCAGGACUGCAAUAGUAACAAAACAAUUGAUCCUGGUUAUCUCAGAAUCUCUCGUUACCCUACUAUCUUCUACAUAGUUUAAAAUAAGUUGUUUGAUCAAAGUCUGGUUUCUUUGCAGGCACUAUUUUGAGGGAUUUGGUGUAAAGAGGGCACACAUAUGCAUAAAUGUAUCUAGCUUUAGUGAGCAUUUCACUUUUUAAACUUCACAUAAGAAGUGCCAUGUUAUAUUUAUCUAAAUUUGGAUGUGUGUGUCUUAUGUUUUGAUAUUUUUAGAAAAUCUCCAAUGACGUGUUAUUAAAGGGGGAAAUGCAAUUCAAUCUAUGAAUUGGACUGAUUCAGAUUGUUUGUGCCAGUUUGGCAUCUCAAAGACAAAGAACAUGACAAGAUAAAUGGAAAUUUUUGAUGGCUUUUAGCUAACACGUGUUUUGUGGGUCAAAAUAAAGUAUACCUCAUAUAAUCAAUAGCAAAAAGGCCAUUUUUAUUUGAGAAGAUUUAAGAACACAACUGGAACUGCCUCUAAUCUAGAAGAGGUUGUGUGUGUUUUUGAUGGGCACUGUUAGUUGGGCUCAAGGUUUUAGACAAUUAGUUUUAAACUUAGAGAAAUAUGUUGUACAUCACUUCUUUUUUAAACAUUGCAGUUGAUGAGCAAAGAAAUAGUGGGCUUUGUAAGUGAGUUGCCUGGCGAUCUGGAGCAACAGGUAAUUUUUAUAUGUAAUGUUUCCAGCAGUGUUUAAGCCCUUAUUUUAUUUUUACCAUAAGUUUCCACCUAGUGGAUUUAUCAUUGUGUUCACCCAGUCAUUUCUCUCUGUCCUAAGAGCCACACAGUGGUCACUGAAUGAAAUGAUCUUUGAGUUCUGCAGUGGGAAUUCCCCAGGACCAUGACCGCAAGGUGUGGCUGGUUUUCAGAUUUCUCACAGCCUGAAGGCCUGGAUGUCUCGGUUCUAGAAUAACUAAAAGCACCAUAAUCUGAGGAUAGGUGAAAUUCAGGCUAAUGCCUUCAAAGGAAGCAGAUUUGAACCAAAUAUCGAAGGGGAGGGGAGGGGGGUCACACUUCCUAAGACUUAGUUUCUAUUUACCCAGCGUUCUGUGUUAGUUAUUUGGUGGCUGUCUAUCAUCUUCACAGUAGGGGGGAUGCUGGGUAUGUAUGGUCAUUAAAUAUAUGUUGCUAAAUCACUGAAAACAAAAACUCUCCAACAUUUUGAAGCUGAAAAGAACAUUGGAAGAACUCAAUGAAGUACUAGCAGAAAAAGAAGAGCUGAAACAAAGAUGCCAAGAACUAGACCUACAGGUAAGCUCAUAAUUUGUUCCUAAGUAAUUUUUUAUAAGCAGAUUAAUUUUGUAAAUUUGAUAGUUUUUCAAAAUCACAUUUCUGCCAGUUUCCUCUUUAUAGCAUUCACAUAGUUGAUUCUUCUGUUCUACAGUUUUUUGUGAGUUGUACUGUUCAUCGUGCAAUGCCUCAUCUCUGCUUAUAGCGAAGAAGAUUGUAUAUCAGGUUCUUCUUGCAUUCCUGAGGCCAGAGUUUCAUUUUGGAAACUUGGAUAAUAUGUAUUAUCACUUUAUUCCAUGUAGCUGCAGUGCUGUUUUCUGGCUGGGGUUUGGGCAGCAGCAUAAGGUCACCAUCUGUGACUUUAUGCCAGCAGAAGAAUUAUUCACUGAUGCCUUAAAGUGCUCAUGCAAUGGUUCAAAAGGCUGUAGCAGUUUCAGUAGUGCUCUGUAAUGCUCUGUUCAGAGAUCCAUUGUUUUCAGGGAACGGGAAGAGCCAUUAGUUUUCUAAUAGCAUCUGCUAACCAGACAUGUCCAUCUGUGCUCCUCACUGCCAUUGUUGGAUGUACCUUAUUUACUGUGUAAUAUUGUCCAUUGUGGCAGCCAUUUGAUUCUGUCUUGCAUUACGGUUAGUAGUUUGUGCAAUUGAGUUUUUAAUUAGGAAUUUAUAGAUCAAAUGCACUAAAUACCUUUUCUGCCUGAAUUCUGACUAGCAAGGCUAGUUGACCCAACAUUGCAAAAGGGACACAUUUCCUGUUAUUUAAACUGGCAGAAGGAAGAAAUGACAGUGAUUGCAAUUCUGCCCACACUUAAUUGGGAAUUGGCACUGUUGAAUUUAGUAAAACUUUUUUUGUGUAAAAACACAUAGGAUUGGACUGUAAGUUUCUUCCUUUCUUAUAUAGGAGAAGUAAAGGAAUAGGCUGAGUAUUUAAAGGGAGGGGCAGUAUGCCUAUGUAAUCCACCUUAAGUUUUUUGGGAAAUGUAGAUUUUUAAUAAUAAUAAUAAUAAUAAUAAUAAUAAUAAUAGUGCUGAAUGUCUAUCCUGACCCUGAUCUUGCUUGUCUCUAGUCUAAAAAAUGUAAAAUAUAUUUUGGCUAGCCUGGCACAAUUAACGAUGCCUCUGUGAUAUACUGAAUAUAUGUUUAUUUGAAAAUCAGGAAAAAAAUUGCUUCUUGCUUAAACUAAUUGUUAAUAAAUUCACUUAUAAGGUCUCAGUCUCCCAUGAUACUUUACAAGAAUUUAUGAAAGGUAGGUUUCUUUUUGUUUCAGGGAAAAGUAACCCAAAGAGCACAAUGCAUUCUAAGUACCAAUGAACUAACAUGUGACUUGCUCUGACGUUUGAUAUUUUAAAAUUAACACAAUGGCUUUUACUAGAAAAGGCUUAAGAGCUCUGUUCUUUUAAUCUGCGGCUCCUUUAUGACUGUUAAUAUACUUACUGUUGUGUUCCCAUUUCUUAGCUAGCAGCGUUUUCAGAAAUAAUUGCAAAAUGCAUGUUCUUGUAUAUGAUGCUGUCUUAUGGCUCCAGGAGUUCAUUUUUGCCAUAGCCAUUCACGGCUGAGUAUUAGUACCAUGUAGCUUUUAUAUUUUCAGUUUACCAACCUGGGAAUAUUUUUCUCUCUAAGACUUCUUCAUGCCAUUUUAUUUCUACUUAUGCUGUACCCUGGAAACCUUAUCUGAAUGGACUCUGGCCUGAUCUAGCAUGGCAGUUCCUGCAUCCUUAUGCAGAGCAAAUGGAAAUUGCCUGGAAACUGGAUCAGACUAGAGUCCUUCUGGUUUUUCAUUCAAAAGCAAAGCAUGGUGGUGAAGUCUUCCCUUGUUGAUUAUCUUAGCAUCUAAUAUGCAGAAGUGCAAUGUCUCUUUCCAUGCAGAUAAUGUUUUGCUAUUGUGGCUGAUAGGACUUGCAGUGUAAUCAAAGUUAAGGUAUCUCCAGCCAAGAUCUGAAUUGCUGCAAGUGAAGAGAAAAUAACCACAUGACAGUUCCGUGUGUAGAUUUGCAAAGAGCAACACAAGAAUUUGAGCCACACAAGGCAGUAGAAUUGCCGCUCAUAAGCAUAUGGAAGCCUGAGUGAUUAGGCUUUUUGUCUCAUGAAAGGUUUUACUACAACUGUCUGGGGUAAGAGCACAGUGGCAGUAGCUGUCUUAUGAACUGAAGAUCUACUUUGGAACUCAGCCUAAGCCCAAAGCCCUAAAGACACAAAUCCACUGAAAUAAAAUCAAUGGGACUUGCUUCUACAAAAUUUGAUUAUGUACAUAAAAACAAGCAUGCUAUAAUUUAAUACAAGAUAACAAAACUUUAGCAAAGGCAACCACUUAAAAAUCUUUUUUGCUGCUAAGCUGCACUUUGUCUGUGAAACACAUUAUUUCACUGGGGUCAGUUACCUGUACAUUUUCGUCAGCUGUUUUGAUGGAUGAACCAUAAUCCUGAAGUGGGUUCUACCUCUUUAGGUAGCUGCCCUUCAAGAAGAAAAGAGCAGUUUGAUGUCUGAAAAUGAGAUUAUGAAUGACAGAUUGGACCAGCUGGAUGGUUCUCUUGAUGAUACAAAUACUGCAGUUGCAAAGAAGUAUUUCAAUGCACAAAUGCAACUAGAGCAACUACAGGAAGAAAAUUUCAGGUAUGGAUUGUUGUCAUUUGAUAGCCCUAUCACUUCCAGUAAACUCUUAAAUGGACUCCUUUAAUGCACUCUGUGGUGUUGUCGUUGAAAACAGUUCAGAAACUACAACUCAUACAGAAACGGCAGCCUGAUUGUUCUUAGUAGAAGUAAACCAGUCAUAUCAUGUUACUCUAAUUUUUGUGUAGCUGCAGUGGCAUUGCUUAUAAAGUCAGAACAGCCUGGGGCAAGUGUGCUCGUGGAAUACCUGCUCUCAUAUUUACCUGCUCAUUCGUGAAUAUCUCUUGAAGAGGCCUUGUUUAGGGUUCUGCUGCUAAGGGCAGUUCAUAGUUUAGGAAUCAAUGAUACCACCUGUUCAGUGGUUCCACCUAAACUGUGGAAUGCAAUCUGUAGAAAAACUAGAGAGACUACUUGGUGGUGGUUGUCUUCUUCUUCUUCUUCUUCUUCUUCUUCUUCUUCUUCUUCUUCUUUUUGCCUUGUGUAAAAAAUAUAUACAUUUUCCACUAGGCUGUUGGCAAAGGAAAUAUCCUUCCCCCUACUAUUGUGGCCCUAUCUACCAUAAUUAUGCUGCUUUUAAUAAUUGUAUUCUGUUGUUUUAUCUUAUUUAUUUUUAUUUUAUGUCUUAAUAGCUUUAGUUUAUCCAUCAUCUUAAUCUAAUUUAUGAGUAGACUAGGAACAGACUAGAUGCAAAACCUACAUUUUUAAAAUGUUGUUAUUUAGACAGGACAGCCAAUCUAUAUAAACUUGCCCUUUGUAUUCAUGUGCAUAAGGAAUUUUGUAAAUGCCCUUUGCAUGAUAAAGCACUGUUAAAUAUUCUUGUUCCACCACUGCAAUAAAUGUGCAGUAAGGUAAAAGAAUACACAUGACUUGUGUUUAAAGAAGGGACUAAUGGGAAAUCUUUUCAGUAAUCCUAUUUUGUUUAUGUAAAGGCUUGAAACUGCAAAAGAUGAUUAUCGUGUUCAUUGUGAAGAACUUGAGAAACAACUGGUUGAGCUUCAGCAUCGAAAUGAUGAACUGACCUCUCUGGCAGAAGAAUCAAGGGCUCUAAAAGAUGAGAUUGAUGUUCUUAGGUAUGCUAAAAAUCAAAUUUCACUCCUGCUGAAGGCUGUGUCAGUGCUACAGUUUGAAAAAGCUUGGGAUUUCUUCUAAACUGCAGUACUCUAUUUUGCAUGAAUGAGCAAAUUUAAAGAGAUCAAUAGAGAACAUUAUAUUGUAAUAUAGUACAUGUUAAUUAAGGGUUUGUAUCACUGAAGCUGCCAAUACUAUUCUAAGUGAUAUUUAAUGUCCUAGUCCUGAAAAUGAAAAAUAUCCCAAGAACUAAGAGAUGUUAUCAUGGAUUUUUUAUUUAUAUGUCUUCAUGCAUGUAACUGAUAACUUAAGAAAAUAGGAUACCUUAUAUGCCAUGAAAAGUAAUUAUCUCACAACCACCAUAUCCUAUUUCCCACAACCGUGUGGGAGUCAAAGCAAAGGUAAAUUGUUUAGUGUUGCACCAUAGACUAAACUUUAUUAGGAUAAAUAAAUUUACUGAUUCCAUUUCCAUGUUGCACCAAAAUAUUGGCUACCUGAGUUUCUUAUUUCCUGAUUCAGUAACAGUAAGUGGAGACCCCAUGAAGUGUGUGUGAGGGAGAGGGAGACGGAGCGAGCUCUAUUGGCAUGUUGUACUAAAAAAAACAUUCUGUAUACUUUGUUGAAGGUAACCCUAUCCAACCCAGUGGGAACUUGCUUCAGAGUCUACCUGAAUAGGAUUGAGAAUGCUAAUCUGAGGGUCCAUAGUGACAAUUGAAGCAGGGCCGUCUUUAUUCUAGAUCUGUUAAUCCAGAACUCUUUUGUCUCCAGCUCCAGCCAUCAUCAGCUCUAGCAUACGCCUGAGAGGAUGUAGAAAAAAAAUAUUGCCUGCUCUUGUAUUUGUUGUUGUACAACAGCUGUUUUGUGUAAUAACCCGUUUUGAGAAUAGAGGCCUAACCUUUCUCUUGAAGCCCAUAUGCAUAUUUCAUUUACAUUGGCGAUCCAUCAUGAAUUCUGCUUGAGGAUUUAUCGCCAUCAAAUAGUGUUAUUUAAUUGAAAAGUCCUAAUAUCUCAACUGGGAGCUUUCUCUGCCUGAGCCCCAUGGCUUGUAUAAUUCUAUGAAAAACAAAAUUCUAAACAAUGAAUGUUUGUCACAUUAGUUCACAUUCUACCCUUGGGCACUAGAAGCAGUUAGAGACAUGUUUUUUUAAAGAACUCAACUUUUGUAGUGCCCAUAUUUCUGAGAAAGACACACACAGGACGCUUUGCUCCUACAGGACGCUUGCUGACAAGACAAACAAGUUGGAGUCAACCGUUGAGGUUUACCGCAAAAAACUGGAGGACCUGAAUGACUUUCGCAGACAGGUGAAAUCGCUUCAGGAAACAAAUAUGAUGUAUAUGCACAAUACCGUUAGCCUAGAGGAAGAGCUGAAGAAAGCCAACGCAGCCCGUGCACAGCUAGAAACAUACAAAAGGCAGGUAAGAGAUAAGCUUUGCUUACAUCCUCUUUGUACUUCUGUUUUUCCUUAUUAUUUCAGCUCUUAAAAAGUUGUGGUGUUUGGAUCAGAAUUGAUUCAAAUGUAAAUUUAAGCCUCGCCACCAUGCCAACCCCAAAUUUGCAGCAGCUUCCAUUCCUGCCACACAUUUAUAUGGUAUGUUAUUUCCCCCAAUGGAACACUUGCCAGUGCACAGUGGCUCCAAUAUUUACCCUCGUAUCUUUAAAGAGGCAGCACAGGGGCAGCAGUUUGCAUGUAUUAAUCCAAAUAUAUUGUUGUGAGGCCUUUUUCUGUUUUCCUUUUGAAUCCUAGAAGUGUACUCCACAGCAGAGGUGGACUCUGUGUUUAUGGAAGAACACACAGAGAGCUGCCCCGUCACGAAAAUGAAUGACGCAACCCCUAUAAGUGUGCUGAGUGUGCCCACUAAAGUUUGCAUGCCUACAGCCAGCAGCUGGAUCAGCGUACUUAGCUCCAAAGAAAUUAAAAGGAUAUUUCUUUGUAGAAUAUUCCACUAAAGAAUUCAAAUGAUACCAGCUGAAUCUGGUGACUUGGAAGUUGAAGAUACAGUGUGGUAUUUGUCUGCUUGCUAAAGAGAUAGUGGUCAGGGGUACAUCUGAAAUGUUUUAAAUGAACAGCUAAAUGUUGGACACAAAGUCAUUAUUAGAUUAAAACAGGAUGUUUGUAAUGUUGCUGAAAGGGAGAACCUGGUUAUUAGAACUCAUGAAAGCAUUUGUGUUAAAUGACACUUAAAUUCUGAUGGUGGUAUUCUUUCUUCCCCACUCCCACCCUUAGAACAAUUUUUAAAUAAACCAAUUUAGAAGCCCUUUAAGACAACAUGUGUUUGCCUUUUCAAACAAGGUCCAAGAACUUCAUAACAAACUUUCUGAAGAAUCCAAAAGAGCUGAUACACUAGCAUUUGAACAGAAGCGACUGGAAGAGAAGCAUGAAGCGUUAAUUAAAGAGAAAGAGGUACAGCUUCUAAAAGUGUAAUAGAAAUGUAUUCGUAUGUUUUUCUCCAAAUACAUGGGAUGCAAGAUAGGUAGGAUGUCAUAUUGAUGGGGACCAUUUUCUCUUCUUGCCAAGUAAUGUAACCCUCUGAAUCUCAAGGGAUUUAACUGCAGAGAUUGAGAGGCAGAAGGUAGCAAUGCUGUAAUUAAAAUAGUUAUUAAAUAGUAUAAACAUGAGAUUUGCUAAACACAGCAAAUAUACUGCUUGAAGCCAGGGCUGACAGGAUCUGCCAGUUUCAAAUCGCUCAGUUUCUCAUUUUUCCAGUCUUCAGUUCUCCAUAUUUCUACAGCAAUUUGCAAUUAUAAAAAAAGCUCAUGAAAAUUCAUUAGCAUUAUAGUGUGCAUUUCUCCUAACACAUUAUUGUAUGCAGUUUUGACUAGUGUCAAAACUUUUUUUUUGCAAGCAAUUUAUCCUAAUAUAAUGUAUUAUUGCAUGUUAUUUUCACUAGCGUAUUCACUUUUAUGUACUUUCCCCUAAUACAUGUGCUGUCAAAAACAUUUUGGUUGGAGAGCUACAUUGCAAAGUUUUGAAGGGUGGCUGUGGCUUCAGUUCUCAUAUUGUUUCUGAAUUUGCAAAUUUGAUAGAUUCGCCUUUAAGCGUGAACUAAACUUAAUUUCGCUCCCAUUCCUAGUUGAAGCAGAUUGUAUGUUGGUUUAUGAGCUCUUAAACAUUGAAUAGUUGUUUAAACAGUGGUUUAACCAGAAAAAGCCAAGGUUUAUAUUUAGGUCAAUUUAGUUAAAGUGUUUGUAAAUGUUUCUGCCAGCCUUCUACCAGCUAUAGGCCCCAACCUAUUUGAGGUGAGACAAAAUGGAAUGAAACGUCUGUAAGAUUUCAGGUUUUCAGGUCUCCUUAUCCAUUACAGUCCCUCAAACACCUGAAUGUUGUGAGUUUCUCUAGAGUGGUACUCAUUAUAGUGCAGGGAAGCUUCAGCAGAAAGAAGCUAACAAAAAAAUAAAAAGAAACUAGCCUGGCAUCAAUUGUCCAUGUUCGGCAACUUCUUGUCUGGAGUACUGUAAUGCACUAUCUAUGGUGCUGCCCUUGAAGACAGUAGGCUGCUGCUAGUGUAGAAUGCUGCAGCCAUGCUGAUAAGUGGAGGAGCUAAGUGAAGCUAUGUAUCACCAGUCCUGAAAGCACUGCACUGGCUCCCAGUGAGCUGCCAGGUCUAAUUCAAGGUACUAAUACUAGCAUAGGUAAAGGGACCCCUGACCAUUAGGUCCAGUCGUGGCCGACUCUGGGGUUGCGGCGCUCAUCUCGCUUUAUUGGCCGAGGGAGCUGGCGUACAGCUUUCAGGUCAUGUGGCCAGCAUGACAAUACUAGCAUAUAAAGCCCAAAAUUACUUGGGACCCAAAGUACUUAAAAAUGUCAACCAUCUUGUACUCUACGAUCACCAGGGGAGACCUUGGUGGUGGUGCCAGUACUGGGAGCUGCCCAAUUCGCAGUGACUCAUUACAGGAUUUUUUCCAUGGCAGUUCAUUCAUGCAAGCUGUGGGGAAUGCAGACGUGUCAUGCCUGAUGCCAGCACAACUUGUGGCAUGCUCACGGGGCCACCAUGGAACUUGGGGCGGGGACAGCCAUUUCGGAAUUUUGCAGGAGCCUCACUUGACACCCCGGGAGGAAAACAGAUAGAACAUAGACAGAGAAAAAAAUGCAUUUCACAUUUACCACUCUUAAACUUUGUUUUAUUUUCAGAGAUUGAUAGUUCAGCGUGAUGCACUGAAAGAGACAAAUGAAGAGCUUAGGUGUUCACAGAUGCAGCAGGAUCACCUGAACCAAACGGGUAUAUGUGUUUCCUUCCUGUGGAAUCAUGUUAUUCUUUAAGCUAUAGAUAGCUUUAUUACUUUACUAUUAUCUUUUCAGAUGCAUCUGCUGUGAAAAGUUACGAAAAUCUUGCUGCUGAAAUUCUGCCUGUGGAAUAUAGGUAAGAAAGGAGCCUAGAAUGUUUGCAGAAUGAGAGCUGGAAUGCAGUUGUGUGACUGAAUAAUUGAAAAGACAUACUCCCAUAAAUGGAAAAAGUGAAUGUUUUAAACUUGCAUAUCUCAUAAUGCAUUCGCUGUAUAAACUUGUCCUAAACUUGUCUUGUAAUGAAAUAUAGAAAGUCCCACUGGAUUCUUAUGGACAACUUCAUACAUUUUUUUGCAGUGUGAAACUUUACUUCUAGGGCCCAAAUCCAGAAGGCAAUAUCAUUUUAAAUUUCCUUCCUGGAGAAAAAGAUAUCCAGCCCCACUUCCCAGCUGCUUCUUUGAUUUCACCCCUUCCAACUUAAUAUUAGUGUUCAAACUUUUCUUUUCUUUUAAUUAGGAGCUGCUUUAAAGCAGGAAGCGAGUGUUAAAAAGCUCUACAGUACUUGAACCAUUCUAUCACUACCACUUAAUGCAAUUUGGUGCAUGCUUACUCAGAAGUAAGGGCCAUUGAAUUCAGACAGACUUAUUCCUAGGUAAAAGUACAGUCAUACUUUGUGUUGCAUCCACUUCAAGUUGCGUCUUUUUGCGUUACGUCCCAUGGCAACCCGGAAGUACCGGAACGUGUUACUUCUGGGUUUCGCUGCUUGCACAUGUGUAGAAGUGCUAUAUCGCGAGCUGUGGGCAUUUCAUGUUAUGGACGGGCCUCCAGGACAGAUCCCAUCCGUAACAUGAGGUACCACUGUAUAGUAUUAACAGCCUUGAAUUUCUGAGUCAAGGCUUUUUUACUGGAGUGAAAUUGAAAUAAUAUCAUAUGACCUGUUCUACAGCCAUACUUGAUACUUGUACAUUGUAAUGUAGAAUGCCUCGUUAUAUAUAUUUGUGGGGGAAAUGCCACUGAUAAAAGCUAAACUUCUUGUAAAACACCUUUGUUUAUAAUUUUGUGUUUGAACCUCAGAGAAAUGUUCAUCCGGCUACAGCAUGAAAACAAGAUGCUCCACUUGCAACAAGAGGGAUCAGAAAAUGAACAAAUUGUGGAGCUUCAAGAGAAGCUAGAACAAAAGCAUCGAACAAUAAAUGAAUUAGAGACUGAAAACAGGUAUCCUCCCCCCCCCCACUUAAAAGGGCAGGAUUUGACUAAUGAACCCUGUCUGCUGGAGCCCUGCACCAGGACUUUCCCUUGCAUGACUGGUCUUUCCCCUCUCUGCUCCCCGCUAUAAGCCUCCUGAAAUUGGCUCAGGCCAUGGGGGUCAUUCCGCCUAGCAAGCUGCAGUACUUGCACAGGCAGAACAUUCUUCUAGCAUGACACUGACUUCCACCCAAAGUUUGUUGACAGAUUUUUUGGGGAAACCUACCAUAGAAUGGGUGCAGGACUCAUAACCAAACAUAUAGCAUACAAGCAGUGGAUGAUAAAUACUGAAUAAGUGCAAAAACGCAAAAUAAAAAGGACAAAGCAGCUGUCAAAUCUGCCAGAAAGUUGACUUCUUUUUUUUCUUAUACUUGAAUUCUGACGAUUAGCAAUUGGAUUGUUAGAUGUACAUAUAACAUUUGUGUUCUUUAAAAAAUGCUUCUCCGUAGGCUGAGCAAGGAGCGGGUUGGAGAGCUGCAGCAGCAGAUUGAGGACCUCCAGAAGACCUUGCAGGAACAAGAAUCCAAGACUGAAGGGGAAGGGGUAGGUCUUAGAUGGGGAUAGUUUUCAUAAUACAGCUUCCUGCUGUUUGUUGUCCUAGCACCAUGAUUUUGUUGCUGAAGGCUCUGUUUACAAUGAAAACAUAUCUUUAGCCAUGUAAAAUGGAAAAACAAACUGAAAAGCAAACAUUCUGAAAUGAUUAGAAAAAGCUUUUGAAAAAGGAGGUGGGGAACUUGAAUCUGAGUUUCACAUGCAAAACAAUCUCUUUAGUCCUCCUGAGUGAUGGUGAGAAUAAGUGACAAAGAAAAUUACAAAACACCUUUUGCUUAAGUCAUCUUUGGAGAGAGGCCUCCCAACAUUACAUUGUUGGAAGCAAUCAUUAAGCACUAAACUAGCACCUGUGUGUGUCAUCUGCAGCUACUAGAACUGGUUACUGUUGGGAAUAAAUUACUGUCCUGUAUAUGACUGAUAAGACCUAAUAAAUGUUUGUUGUUUUUAUAGUCCAGCAAGCUGAAGCAGAAGAUAGCAGCACAUAUGUAAGUUACAAGAUUAGCAUAUACUUUAUUUUAGUGUGCUGGAUGUGUGUAAACAUAAAGCAUGAGAGAUUCUUUUUGACUAUAUGCAAGUUGAUUCAUGUCUUCUGUCCCUUCCCUGCUGUGGAAGGAGAGGGAUGCUGCCAUGGGCAUUAAAGAAGUUAUUCCAACCCGUAUCAGCCCUCCCUGCAAUACUCUACAUUCUUGAUGCAAGCAGACAGCUUCAUAACCCUGUUGGAGGAGCCAGUAGGGUGGUGCUAUGGAACUGGCCUGCCAGCAGUUGUGUCACUUCCACUUACCAUGAUUGUGUGGGGGCAGGGCAGUAUGAGAUUGGGGUGGGGCAGGAGCACCAGGUUGGCUCUGCUGGUAUGCCAGCACUGCCCUGCCUGCCCUGCCCCCACUGUCUCAGUCAGUAGCUAUGAUCCUGUUUCCAGGACGCCACCGAAUGCUCCUGCCUGAUUGAUGAUCUCAUUCAUUCACUUGUCUUCCCCUGCAUCACUCCAUAUCCAGCAUGGUAUUUGUAAUGUUCUGUAGUCACUCAGAACUGUAGCAAUUAAAUUGCAUAUUGUCCCAAAGCAGGUUUGAAUAUACCAACAACUUUUUUUAAAACCUUCACUACUUUUUUAAAAAAGCUUUCCAGUUCUUUGUGUAGACAAGACCUACAGUAUUUGUCAUAGAAAACCAUUGAGUAUCUUCUGUUUCCUAAGUGUCUGCUCUGAAAAUUUAUAUAUUUGAUUUGGGAUAGUUUGCCUUACAGCUAAUUUGUUAGUGUUUCUUGCUUCCAGUUCGUUUUUGAAAAUAUAGUAAUACAGCCAAACCUCAACUCCCGAAUGCCAAAAACCCGGAAGUAAAUGCUCCGGUUUUUGAACAUUUUUCGGAAGCCAAACGUCCGACGUGGCUUCUCCUUGAGUGCAGGAGGCUCUUGCAUCCAAUCGGACGCUGCACCUCGGUUGUGCAACAUUUCGGAAACUAAACGGGCUUCCGGAAUGGAUUACGUUCGACAACUGAGGUUUGACUGUAGCUGGUAUAGAGCAGUUUAUCUGGCUAUUUUGGGCUCGUGAGAAUAUGAAAUGCUGAUGUGGCCUGAUCUUUGAUUUUGAAUCUUACAGGGAAAAAUUGAGUGAAGUCCAUGAUGAAUUGCAGAAGAAGGAGGCGCUUCUUGCAGACCUGCAGCCAGAUCUAAAUCAAAAUGGUGAGUGAUUUGAUGUGAAUGUUAAUUUUUAUCACCAAUAUUGUUUUAUUACAGUUUCUCCUCAUGCCUGGGCUAGGCUACGUGCUUGGUAUCUUAUUCCAUUAGUCUGUAAGAACGGUACCUGGUACAUGGGAAGAUGGUGUCCUUUUCCUCUUGCUCUGAUAACUAAAUCUUAAAUGAUUGAGUUGCUGUCCAUGAGAUGGUGUCAUACAGGGCUUCUCGAAGGACAAUGAUGAAGCUCCAUGUGAAAGUAGAGAGAAAAGCCGCCACAAGCCAGACUUCCUUGGCUAUCGUUCGAUGGUACUUGCCUGGAACUCCUAGUUGUUCCUAUUAUGGAUAGAAAUAAUUAAAGUGAACCCUUCUGGAGCCUGCUGUAUCCCAACUCAAGUUCAUCAAUUAUUUGAGGCUUCGAUAAGACACAGUCUCCAUUAAUAAUGACAUUUGGUUUUCUGAUAAACAGCACAAAAAAUUGAAGAACUGGAAGCAGCUCUGCAUAAGAAAGAUGAAGAUAUGAAAUCGAUGGAGGAGAGAUAUAAAAUGUACCUGGAAAAAGCAAGAAGUGUGAGUAUUUUCUAAAAUGUCAGGUUUUUUUCCCUACAAAUCUGGAACUGGAAGCCCCUCUCUCGUGCUAACUACAGUUGUACCUCGGAAGUCGAACGGAAUCCAUUCCGGAAGUCCAUUCAACUUCCAAAAGGUUCAGAAACCAAGGUUCGGCUUCUGAUUGGCUGCAGGAAGCUCCUGCAGCCAAUUGGAGCCGUGGAACCCACGUCAGACAUUCAGGUUCCAAAGAACGUUUGCAAACUGGAACACUCCCGGGUUUGCGGCGUUCGGGAGCCAAAACAUCGGAGUACCAAGGCGUUCGGCAUCCAAGGUACACCUGUACCAUCAUGUUUAAAGGUGGAUUCAUUCUAUAUUUUGUGUUCAGCUUUUCUAGUUCUGUUGUUUCGGCUUUCAUUCAGCAACAUCAACCAAAAUGCUUACACGUGCUUUUAUAUGGUUGACAUUUUUAACCAGUGUUAGAGCGGACCUGUUGGAAUUAAUUGGCAUGACUAACGUAGGUCCAUUAAUUUUAGUGGGUCUCGUCUGUUUCUUAACUUAGUUGGAUACAAUACAUUGUGCUGCUGCUUUUGUUUUUUUAAUGAAGCGUUGCACAUCUUACUGCUGAAUUAUUUUGAUUGGGUAGGAGGUAGGUUUGCCAAAUUCAUUUAUGUUCAUCUUUAUGCAGGUGAUAAAAACGUUGGACCCCAAAUUAAAUCCUGCAUCUGCUGAAAUCAUGUUGCUGAGGAAACAGCUGACAGAGAAAGAUAAAAGAAUUGAAGCACUUGAGGUAAGAACAAUUUUAGCAUCUCCUCUGGAUGUUGUUUCCAAUUUAAUUACAGGAACUGCUAUACAGAAGAGCCAGGAGAACAGUUAUUUCGAAAACCAUUGUUUAUAACCAUACAUAGUAGGAAAGUAUAGAGAGAACAGAGCAUUCAAUACAAGCUCCAGUAUUCAUUGAGAUUUAUGAAGCAUCUUACAAAAUUAUGUAAACAUGGAUCACUUGGUUAACUUUGAAUGUUGGGGCCAAUAUAAUUUCCUUUGCCUAUAUCUUAACAAUUUGUAAUUUUUUUGUAGGGAGAAUGUAAAUUGGCCAGGCUACAUGACCAUGAAGAAAAGUUAAUUGUGUCUGCAUGGUACAACAAGGUAAGCUAAAGUGUGUCUUGUUUGUGUGAGAGAGUGAAUAUGUGAAAGUAAGUAUUAAUACUUCUCAGAAGCCAAAAUAGUCAGAAACCAAUUACUGAAUUUUGAAAUUUCAGAAAUGCCCAUUUAUUGAAAUGAGGGAUUGUUUUCUAUGUUGAGAAAUGAAGAUGGUCCAUAUCUCUAGUGGUACUGUAACCACUAUGUAUUUAGCAUCAGCAGUGUGCUAAAUGCUAUAUAACAACGGCCCCCAGCCCACUUUUCUGACAUGUUUGCAAGUUGUCCUGUAGCAUGGGUGGGGAGCUUGGUAGAUUGUACCACUGCAGCCAGUCAGACUUCUGAGAAGAUGGUGGGUUGAAUCCAGCACUGCAUGCACAGGGUUCUGCUCACACAAUUGGAUUUUCCUUCCUCUCUUCCUUUGGAGAAGAUUUUUGAGUGGGCAGGCAGUGAGGGCUGCAGGGGAGGUUUCAUUAUGCAAGCAGAAAUCUGCCAUGCAAGUAGAACAGCAGCAUCAUGUACAACCCCGUGGAGUCAUCAUACAUAAUGUUUCCUUUUAGAUUUAUAAUAUGCAUUUUAAAUUUAGGUUUAUAAUCUACAAAAUUUAAAAUACGAAAUUACCUACUUUCAAUGUCCUCCUCUGUGGUCUAACCCACAGAGCCUAGGGCUUGCCGAUCGGAAGGUUGGCAGUUCGAAUCCCCGCGACGGGGUGAGCUCCCGUUGCUCGGUCCCUGCACCAGCCAACCUAGCAGUUCGAAAGCACGUCAAAGUGCAAGUAGAUAAAUAGGUACCGCUCCGGCGGGAAGGUAAACGGCUUUUCCGUAUGCUGCUCUGGUUCGCCAGCAGCGGCUUAGUAAUGCUGGCCACAUGACCCGGAAGCUGUCUGUGGACAAAUGCCGACUCCCUCGGCCUAUAGGUCAGGCGUACCUUUACCUUUAAUGUCCUACUUUGUAUGAUUUCUUUCAGAAAAUGGUAUAUGUAUGAAUAAUAAUUUUGAGUAAUAGUGGCUAUAAUAGCUGCCAGAAUCUCUUAACUGUUUUCAGGAAGGAAUGCAAGGAAUCAUGUUUAAUCUUGCUUCAUUCCAGAGCUUAGCAUUUCAUAAACUGGGCAUGGAAUCUAGACUCCUAAGUGGGAAUGCUGCCUACAAAGACGCUGGUCCCUGCACACCCGGGCGCUCUUUCCUUGCACAGCAACGGCACGUGACCAAUACCCGAAGGAAUCUUUCUGUUAAAGUACCACCUGCAACAUCAGAUUAAACCACAGAGGAUAUUCGUGCACUAAAGUGUCCUUAACUUAUUUUGUAACUUUUGUUUUUAACUACCUGACGAAGAGCGUGAUUGUGAUGCUGGGCAUCAGCUAUUUUACAUCUGAGACCCAUAAGGCUGGUAAAUUUGAUUUGGCCAGCGAUGACUAUAAAAAGCAACAUAUGUCAAAUUACUUUUCUUGAUUUUAAACAGAUCUGAGGUAUGUGUCGAUAAGCACAGCUCAAAAGGAGUUUUAUUUGUCUUCAUAAUGUAUAUAUAAAUACCAAAAUUGGCAUCCUAUUUAAAAUUCUAUUUAAUGUUUUAGUCUAGGAUGUGUACUGAUUUUAGUGGGAGUACAGUUUUAUGACUGUCAUCUGCACAAAGAAAAGUAAUCCUCGCCCCUCCCCCACCCCCGCACCUUCUGCUACGUUACAAAAAUAACAAGGACCAAAUUAGAAAAUCCAUCAUUAUUUUUCAGCAUUCAUGGCAUGAGGGAUUUUUGACUGCAAGCAAAUUGUAACCAAAAUGAUUUACUAAUUUCAGGACUGUCCACCUAAUGCUGUAGUUCUGCUGAAGUCCAUUCAAGCUUUAUUGAACUCCCAUUCAGUUUUGUAAUAACUACUGGGGCUGCAGUCCAAACACCCCUUUGGGGCGGGUUGGAGGGGGGAGCUAGGAGUGUCGUCAGUGGGGUCACUGGUCGAUAGAAAACCCUGAAAAAGAGUGCUGUGGGGAGGACCUGAGCCAGAUGGCCUGGAAGGAACUGGAAUCCAAGCCAGCUGCACUGCCUUGAUGUGACAUCAUUGGGCCUGGUGAGGACUUAAUCACUUCACCAGCCCCAAGCUGAGACAGCUCUUUGCCUGCUGGGCUAAAGAUAUAACAGUGGGACUGCUACUCCAUUAGGUUCUGCUGCCCCCUGGCCAGGGUUUGGACUGCAGCCUUAAAUCGCCAUUUUAUGUAAUGAAAAGGAUUCAGGAAAGACAAAAUGUCUAUGUAUUUGCACUCAACUAGCAAUGUCUUUAUUUUAUAAAAACGUAAAAUUACAGCCUUUUUAAAGGUUGCAAAAUUAACCUUGACUGAAGUUUCCUUAGUAGGUUUUGAGCCCAGACUACUGAGUGGUGUGUGUUUUUGUCUCUGUCGUGUAAUGUCCUGCUCAUGCAGGGAUGCAGUGUGUUCAGCUGUGGCACAGUGAGAGGAAGGCUCUGAUCCUAUGCUGCUCCUGAGGAUUGGCUGCAGAUGCCCCAGACACUUGUGUGUCUAGCCCUCCAUUGUGGUACGGCUAGGUACUGGGUUGAGCUCCAAGGGAGUAACUUGAUGGCAUUAGGUAGACAUCAUUUGUUGCUGUAUCUUUUGCAGAAUAAGAGCUUGAAGUCUAUUCCAGAGAACGGUGAGUCGCUGGAGUAGGUUACCUAGUAAGAAGCUGCUAGGGUUGCUUUUAAAGCCUUCCAAAAUGCUAUUAACAUUUAAAAACUAUCAUUAUCAGGUCAGAGAACAAAAGCAGUAGGGAAGAUUCUCACAGUUGUUUGCGUGUGCUGUUUACUUUGUGCAUCUGAUGAAGUAGACCAUUGCACUUUGUGUUGCAAUUAGCCAUUUUGUAAUUUUAAAAAUUGAGGCACAUUAUUAUUUAGGCCGAUAGCAGUAAUUCCAGACACAAAGAGCAGACUUAAGUGCAUGUUCACAGGGUGGAAUGCAUGGUUAUUUUUUAAGGUGGACUCUGUGUUUAAAAAGUUACUUGCACAUGGGCCAGAAUUAUGUUUAUAAAAUGUAAUGCAGCCUUGAACAUUACUGCAAAUAAAAUGAAGUCUGUAAUCUGAGUUGCAGGGUUUUUUGGGGGGUGAGGACUAACAUAAUCAAUAACUGCAGCUUAGACUUUAAAAUUUUUAGCGUUUUAUUAAAACUGGCCUAAAAUAUCUGAUGAUGUGACUACAGUAUUACAUGCUUUUAUGUGGAAACUGAUACUACAAAUGUCUAACAAUUCUGUUUUUUAAUGACGUGCUAUACUUAAUACCAGCACUGUAAAGUUAUAGUGUGCUACUGACUGAGCCUUCAGUCCUUCUAGCUGUUUUUCAAGAUUUCAUGUCUGUUGACUACCUCCUUGGUAUUAAGCUCUUACCGUUCUGUUCAACCUGCUGACUUGUGUUUUUGGUAGCUUUUUCCCUGGUCUGAAUUUGUAGGGAGAAAUGGUGAAUACAAAUUUUGUAGCAUGUUGCUUAAUGUUUUGAUACUAUACUAUAUUCUUGUAAUCAAAUAUAGUCGCAGUGAGUAGUCUCCACAGAUAACAAUUCACAUACAUAGGAUACUUUUCUUCAGUGGCUUUAAUUUAUAGUGUGUUCUGUAUGACAACUACUGCUAGUACAGGAAAGUCAACAUCAAGGCCCCAAUCCAGCUCAAGUUAGUAACAACUAAAGCUGCAGUCCAAGCGCCAUUCCAAGUGGGCAUAGUUUAGAUUGUGCUGUACAUUCUGUUGUAAGCAGUGAAUUUAAAAAAUAAAUAAAUAGCCAGGACUGACUAAUUUCUAUGGGACUUGGUGUCAGCUAACUUGAGCGGCUGAGUUGGAUGCUAGGUGAUGCAACUCUGCUGCAUAUGUGUCUUGGUAUUGUCUACCUCCAUGUCAAAGAGCCAGAAAAAUAUGGCUGUACUCUAUCUUAGAUUACGUUUUUGUGGUAGUUUGGCAUUGCUCUAUUACAGUGAUGGCCAAACUUGGCCCUCCAGCUGUUUUGGGACUACAACUCCUAUCAUCCCUAGCUAACAGGACCAGUGAUCAGAGAUGGUGGGAAUUGUAGUCCCAAAACAGCUGGAGGGCCAAGUUUGGCCAUCACUGCUCUGUUAGAUGGAACAGAAUGAUGGUGGUAACAUUAUUUUUAAUUACAAAUUCCAUGGGCUGAAGCCAGUCAUGUCCCCUGGCUAAUGGAAGGGCCUUUGAUCUUGUGAAAGCUCCUAUGAGUACAUGGGAGCAGAAGUUUAUUUCCACAUAUUCCUCCUUCAGUCCCCUAUGCCACUUUUAAGUACUAGUCCAAAGGACCUCCCAAUCCUCUGGAGGGAUUGCAGAAGGAAGAGGGGAAUCUUAAAUCUCAUCCGUCCUCACUUUCUGCUCACAAUCUACUGGAUUAAAAAGAGUGUUCUGUCAGCAGAGGGCCACAUCCCAUGUAAUCUUAGAAAGUUUGAGCUCUUUAACGAACUAAGAGACAAAGUAGAUAUGUCGGUGAUUUCAAUUACACAUCUAUGGAAGAACUCGAUGGGGAGUUUUUUUGGCAGAGAAGCAUAUUUACUGCCAUGUGUUCUUUUUAGUCCCAACUUGUUUAAGAAAAUGUUACUACUUACCAUUUUGCAGCCAUCUCUCAGAAUGCUGAACUUCAUAAGGAUUAAUCUAAAAGGAGAGAGAGAGAGAUUUUUCAGCUAUCCUGGGUAGAAUUGUUGCUAAAUUGUGCCCAUUGCCACCUAUGUGACCUGACCAUUCACAGGCUAUAUACACAGCUCCUAGGCUUGGCUGUUUGGCCAGAGGAAAUGUGUGGGCAACCCCUUUAUGUGCAUAUUUUCAUGCUACUGGAUUGCACUGAGUGUCCAUGGAGGCAUAGCAGCUCAAUCAUUGCACAGGUAAACUUGUGAAUCUGCAGCCAUAGCAAUUUUAUGUAGUAAUUGUGUGCAACUGAAUUUGUGGUGGACUACUUGGUGUUUAGUUUCUAAACUUAAACUACCUCCUUUGAGUAAUAAAAUUCAGCUAUUUGAUCACCAGCAAUUGAAUUCAGAAUUUUGAUUCUCCUGGUUUUAUUUAACUAUGAAUUGAGUUAGUCUCUCUUGCGUUUUGCUUGCAGGGCAAUACUAUACAUGUCUACUCAGAAGUAAGCCCCACUGAGUUCAAUGGUACUUACUCUUGUAAGUAUGUAUAGGAUUGCAGCCUUAGUGUGGAAUAUUUGCAGCCUUAGUGUGGAAUAUUUCUUUGAUUUGAACAUAAUGCAAAGGAGUUACUUAUCUAUGUUAAGUCCUUAAAAUGUGCUGUGCUUAGAUGGGAUGAAAAUGUUGAUGCAUACACACUAUGUCUGAAAAAGCAGUCUCUCUAAUAAAGUAAUAUUAAUUGAUGUCAGAUGCAGACUUACUUGAGCUGAUGGAGACUUGCAAUCACCCUUCAUCUGUAAUUCUUCAUUAAUUAAAAAUGUAGCAUAGAAACUGGUUCACCAAGUGUUGGUCCCGCAAAACCUUGCAGUCAUAUUUUAAUCAGGUUUGGGCUGCAAUUACUGCUUAGUAAGUUGUACAGUGUUUGGCAAUCAUUGACAAAACCUAUCACUACUCCCACACAAUCUCCAUUCCUUUCAGUGGGGAUUGUGUAAAAACCUCAAGUGGUGCUUAAACACUUUGUUCCCUGUAUUGAUUGCAUGUUUAUUUUCAUUAGAGUAAAAGCACUUUGUUUGUAUAACAAUUUAUGAAUUGACACUAUGGCUAAUUAUGGGAUAUGUGAUUUAACCAACUUUUAAAAAUCAUGCAUACAUUUAGACAAGUUUCUGUAAGAACGCGACCAGACUAAAACAUGCAGUAGAAUUAAUGAAAAGUUUUAGUUCAUUAAUAAAAAAUGUUCUUUUCUACAAUAACCAUUUGCUUGGAUUCACAUAAUUGUAAGCAAUACCAAUGUUUUUUCUUCAGUAAGGAUAAAUAGGCCUGACUUCAGGUUUUCUGUUAGACUUGCCGGGGUCUAAUCUAUUUGAUGUGUACAAGUCUGAUCCUGUGCAAAGCAAAUGGGCUGUAUAGAAAUAGAGGAGGAAAUUGCACUAAUUUGUAAACAUGGUUUUACUCUUGAUUCAAGAAAUACUCUUUUAUAUUCACAUUAAAACCUUUUGACAUU